UCACAAAAAAUCUUCUAAACGUUGAAUUAAACGUCACAAACUGAUAAAGAAGAAGUUCAACCACAAUGGCUGCAAAAGAAGAAUAUUUUAAUCCAAAAACAGGAGAAAAUCAUGGAAUCUUUGGCUACAAAUAUUUGAAAUUUCAUCGUAUGAGAGAUCCAAAAUGGACUGCUGGAGACAAAAUGAUUCAAUAUGUUGGAAUAACCAAAAUCUACGAUCGUGACCGCAAGCUGCAAGCACUGAAAACAAUUAUGGCCCGGAAGAACAAGCAGCAAUACACUCGAAGGGUAAACAAAAUGCUCAAGGACGACACCGGUUACCUGAAUGUGGCAAAUGUUGGCGAUGCUCAGCGGAUCAAAAAUAUUUUCCAAGGCCAUUUUGAAAUGCAAAGAGCGUAUCAUCCUUUGAUGAUUGAGAACAUUGUCGAGAAAAUUGACCAAAGAACUUUUGCCAAGCGAAAAGCACUGGACGCACUAGUGCACCGUUUCAAGACUUUGAGCGCCGCUUACGAAAAAGAACUGAUCAAGGUCUCAGAAUUGCAGGACAGAACGAAAUUUAUGGAUCCGCAAGAACUGUACGAGGAGAUCGAAGCGAAGAGCUACGAACUUGAAUUGCGACAUUGUGGCACACGUAUCCGUACGGCAGACGCUAUAAAUAGAGCAUAUAAUGAAAUAAUUCGAACGAUGCUGAAGGAUUCGAUCUACUAUGACCCAGUUCUAAAUGCGCUACAAGAAGAUUUGACUGAACAACAUCGAUUUAUAAACAAGAUAAGAAACACGGGAAUUCCAACAAUGAAGAACGUUCAAAGCUUGCAACAAGAAUUUGAGGAUAUAGACAGAAAAACGAGCAAGGAACUGACGGACAGAUUUAAUGCCCUAAUGGAACAUCGUGAAGUUUUAAACGCAAACAAUAGACGUGUGAAAACGCUUGUUCGAAGAGAUAGUGAUUUCGAUGUAAAUCCAUCGCGGUACGAUCGAGACACACGUAGCAUGGCUGAUCUGAAGAUUCAAAUGGAGGAGAUCGAGAAGAUCUUGAAACAAUUGAAAAAUGCAACUUCAUGUGGAAAACCGAAAGAAAUUUAUCCAAGAGUCAAACAACAAAUACGAGACAGUGAGAAAAUGAAGAAAAAUUUAGAAAAGCGAGAACAUCAACGUAGCAUUACCCAGAUAGAAGCGGAUAUAGCAGAAAUGUGUCACGACGAGUUAGCCAAUGAUUUCACUCCUGACGAAAUACGCCGAAUUGAAAAUUAUCGCUUAGUCGAAAAAAAGAUAAAUGCCGAGAAAAUUAAACAGAAGGAGUUAUUGGAGAACAAAUCAGAUCUGAAAGAUGCAAGAAAUAUGCUCAAAUCUGCAUUUCAACAUAUAUUAGAUGUUCUCAGAAAUGUGGAUAACGGGGUAGUCAAUUCGUUUAAAUCAGAAAGUGCAAACCCAGAUUCACUUUUGGAUUUACCAUAUUUUGAUUUCAACCAAGUCAUGAAGAAUCCACCACCAAAACUGUUAGAAGGAGAUCUUUUAGUUUUUAUUUCGAAAGCAAAAACUAAAAUAUCAAAUCUUAUGAACAUCUACCGAGACGUUGAGCUUACAUCGAAGCAAGAUAUAUUGAAUUUAAAGUAUCAGAGUAAUAUUCUCGAGGAGUACAACAAACAGAACAUGAAGAGCAUGAAAGACAUAGGAAAAUCAAUAAUGGAAGAUAUCGUUAUAGACGACCCAAAUGUGUACAGCAGAAAACAAAUAAAAGCAAUUAGUGCAAACAUUGUGGAGAACAAUAUGAAACGUGAAGAUUGAAUCAUCAACUGCACUUAAUCAUACUUCCUAAUUUUUAAUACAAAUAGAAUAUCAACUAUUGUCGUUUUCGUUUUUAGGAA